AAAAGGUACCUUAAGUCUCCAUUCUUCAGGGUGGUGUGUUUCCGAUUACCUCCUUCAUGCCGAAUUGGCCAGGAGAGUAGCACCCCUGAAACACUGUGGUCUCCUGUCUCUUACGGCGCUGAAUGUAGAUCAUCUGAGAAACUUUGCAGCAUCCACAAUGUCAGUCAAUUUAACCAUAUCAGACAUUCAUGCUUUAGGCAAAGAUCAGGCAUUUGACAUCCUCGCACAAAUUGCACGGAUUGAGAAAAAGACUUUUCCGGCUAACGAGGCAUUCCCUUUUGGAGAGGACCUUUGGAAGAAGAAGCCUAACACCAGGGUCUUGUAUGCGGUCAGCACAGCUUCCGGUGUACCGCAUCGUUUAGUCGCCUAUGCUGUCUAUGUUCGGCAGAAAGGAGUAGCUUUACUGCACAAAGUCUGUGUUGUAGAGGCAUUUCGUCGGCAGGGCAUCGGGAUGCAGCUUUUGAACUACAUUCGGCAACGUCUCCAGAAGGAAGGCUGCCAAUACAUUCAAUUAUGGGUGGACAAGGCUAGGGAGCCCGCACGUUCAUUGUACAAUCGCAGUGGGUUUGAAGAACGAGAGGAGAUUGCCGACUACUACGCGCCAGGUCGUACUGGAAUUCGGAUGGUCCUUGACCUCGAACGCGGUUGA